GGGCUUUUUCGCACGAAGUUGAAUCAGAAAGCAGCAAAUCUGCUCUGGUAUAGUAACAAGAAAGACGAAGGGGUAAUGUUUGAGAAGCUUUUUACUCCGUUUCCCAUUCCUGCCUUGGCAUUAGUGUAUGCAGUGGCAGAAUGUUGUGUCAACGAAAGGGUUGACAGCGAGUGGACAGAUAUUAGUUUUUCGUGUGGCAAGUACAAGGAGGCUUAUGACAAGCACCUUGCUAACCUCAACAAAUUCCACUUGUGA